UACUGUUAUUCGGGUUUUUGUGAUAAAAGUGUUAAAUGUAGCAAUUAUUCAUCGUAUUAUUUUAUAGAUAGUUUUGUAUAAUUGUGUUUUCAAAAAUGUAUUAUUUGUUAUGUGUAAGGUGUGUGCUAAUUUGCUUAGAAGAUGAAUCAAUUGCAACUUCACGCAACAUUAAGUGUUGGCGCCAAAAAUUGUUGGAUACGCGCGAAUUUGCAUUUUGGCGAUUUUCCACGUGUCCAAAGGACCUUUCUGGGAAGAUUUUCAUCAAUGCGUCACUCAUGGAUUCUACUCAGAACAGUGGCAGGAGCAGCUGUAUACCAGCCUGUCACUGGUGACAAUGUUCAUAUUACCGUUACUGGUAUUGGUCUGCACAUACGUGUCUACAAUCAUUACAAUUGCCAAGAGUGAGCAAGUGUUCCGGGCUGAAGUGCAAUUGCGCUGUCAGCGUUCAGCGCCGGAUCUGAACAGGCGUCGCCUCAUACAUCGAGCGAAAAUGAAGUCUCUGCGAAUUUCCGUGGUUAUCGUGAUGGCAUUCAUCAUAUGCUGGACGCCCUACUACACAAUGAUGAUUAUUUUCAUGUUCAUGGAUCCCGGAAAACCGGAAAGCGAUGAUCUUCAAGAGGCAAUAUUUUUCUUCGGUAGUAGCAACAGUCUCGUAAAUCCGCUGAUAUACGGCGCCUUUCAUCUGUGGCCAUCUAGGAAAAGGAAGAGAAACACGAGCAGCCGUUAUAGCAACAGAGACAACUCCUUGAAUCGUCGCAGUACUGUGACAAAUGCAACCAUAAUGCGUGUCAAUACCGGAACAGUUCGUGUUAAAGUGGCAUCGCCCGAAGAGGAAACUCUUGUUCUGGUUGAAGACUCUCCAUAUUCAGGAAAUAACAAUCAUCAUGUGAGAAACAUGAAAAAAUAUCAGGUUGUGCAAGUACAUCAAAACCACGUUAAUCAUAAUCCUGGUUUAAAUUCGACUCGAACUCUCGCGUCUAAAGUUCUGCUCAGGUGUUCCGAAGUUCUUUCGAAUAAUACGACAAAAUUGUAACCAGUUUUAUUUGUGUGAAAUAUGUCCGCAGCGUUAGAGCACUUAAGUUUCUGGAAAAAAUAAAGUGAAAUUUAGGCCCGAUAUAAGGUCAAAUUUUAAAGGUGCUCAUUUGCACA